AUGGUGAUGGAGGAGGUGAAGAAACAGGUCGCUAUGGCAAUGCAUGGGAGAGACAAGGAGUUGGCGACCCUCAAGGAACGGAACCAAGAUUUGGAGCGGGCGUUGUCAGAGGCAAACACGGCAAUGAGGGCAAUUGGAUCUGGAGUGACGUCAGGCAGGCCACCGAGAGCCGAGGAGAUUGCUCAUGGUGAUCCUCCCGGAGGUGCAGUGAACUUCGACAAGCUGGAGGGGGUGAACCUCGCACAACGGCAGGAGUCGGAGCACCUUUGGGAGCUGUUCUUGAAGGCGGUGGAGACUCACGAGGAGAUCAGGGAGCGGGAAGCUUUCCUGGUGAAGCAGCUCCAGCAGGUCUACAUGGGAAAGACGGAUUCCAAGGAUGUGGACUUGAAAAUCGGGAACUUGGAGCUCCCAACGAUGCCCGAUUUCGGGCCUGAGGCUGCGGUAGCCUACAGCGACUGGCUCUACGAAGUGGAGCAAGCAGUGGGAGGGCUCAGUGACCCGAAGUGGUCCAGGCUUGAGAGGCGAGUGCUCACAAUGAUGCUCGCAAGCCUCCAGAAGACUGCGAAGGAGGAUGCUGUGACGCACAGAAUAUCAACGGUCACAGGACUUCUAUACCGCUUGCACGUGCUCUAUGCGCCUGGAAGCUCAGCAGAGAGGGCCUCUAUUCUUCGUCAACUUGAUGGAACCCCUGCUGGAACAGGACUCUCGGAUGCAGUCACUGCUUUGAGGAAAUGGCGUCGGCAUCUACAGCGUGCACAAGAAAUGAAUGUAAGCGUACCAGACGCUUCAAUACUACUUCGUGGCAUCGACACCAUAGCGGGCAGGGCCAUUGAGAACCAUGCGGACCUGAAGUUUCGCUUAGCGCUUUCGAGGACCCAGCUACAGCUACAGUACAGGCCAACCCUGGACAGUGUCUUGAAGUACUACAAUCACGCAAUUGCCGAGCUACAACAGGCAGCCCCUGCCAGAAAUUCUUCAAGCUCCGCUACCAGUGUGCCUGAGGGUACCAAGCUCAAGGGCAUGAAUGCGGGAGCUGGCACUGGCGAAACUGGGUCGCCGACAAGAAAGGGAGGAUCUGCUGGGAAGGUUGCAUGCAAAUUCUUCCUCUCAGAAGCAGGCUGCACCAGGGGAUCUUCGUGUAAGUUCGACCACAGCUUCCCCAACAAGGAGGCCAAGCGAUCCAGAU